AUGGCCGAAGCUGUGGGAGAAGAACAGCCUCUUCUUCCAAAUGAACGAACAUAUUUGGGCUUGCGGCGUAACAGACAGCCGCAGGAUGUCAAUGGAUGCUACCGAUUUUUAUUGAAAAUUGUCAAAAUCACUUUCUGUACACUUGGAUUAUGGAGUCACCGGGCUUGGAACUACAUCCCACGAGUACUAGUCGGUCUAAUUUGUAUUUAUCAAGCUGUUUACGAUUUCUAUGUCGUGUUAGGUUGCCACGGUUUUGAUUGCAGUUUCUUACAAAAUUCAACGGAUUCUAAGAAGCCCUCUCAUCACAAGGAUGAUCGUCGUGUUGCAAACGCUGUUUACACGAUAGUCUCAUUGGCAGCAGUGGUUUCUUACCUGUUCUUUAUCCGUUGUUUCAUCGUAGCAAAGCACAAAAACUCAGCUAUGGUCGCACCGUCUGAAUUUUUGAUGGAAGACCUUACAAGAACGGACUGCUGGUGGUUGUGUCUUAUUUUCACUUCAAUAACAAUGUUGUAUCUAAGCUCGGUGGCUGUGUUUUACGCUAUCAUAUGGAUAAGUCAGCCAAAAGAUUCCUAUUUCACCUUUCUUGCCACCGGAGUAGGAGCCCAGUUUUUCGCGCAGUGGACAGCAAUAACAACUUGUCACGUGUUUGGCGUUAGUUCCUUUGCAGUAGGUGAGUUAUAUUCUGAAAAAAUAAGAUUUCGGGAAUAUGCCUCCGUGGUAAUGGAAGUUUAGUAUCCCGAAGUCAUAAACACAUGUUUUCUUUCUAUUAACACAACCGUUUAUUUCUCUGUCGCACUUUUUCUAGGAAAAAAGCACUGCCUCAAAAGCGACGUGUAUGACUACACUAGCGUGCAGUGUCAAUCAAAACUCAACUACACUCGGGCCCAGUCUCCGACAAAUGAUAGAAAAAAAACAAUUUACCGCUUGUGGGAACCAAAUUUCCGUUUCCAGAGACACCAAAUAACUCGCUUUAGUUUUUGAAUUAAAGGUUUAAUCCUCACAAAGUGAAACCUCAAAUCAGUAGGAAAACACAACUCAAAAUCUCUGCUCUCCCAAAAAACGUCCCCGAUACGUAUUUUUACGAGGUACGUAACUGGAACCGAGGCUCACAAUUUCAAAACGAGGUUAUCAGUCACGCAACUCCAAAAAAGAAAACACAGUCACGACACCACUAAUCACUUUCUUUUUUUGACGUUGAUGCUCUUUUUCAUUGAUCAAUCUUUCCGCCAGUUUCAUCAUCUCUCUGCCUGGGGAGUCUCCCGCUUUUUUUUCUUUUUUCUUUACCCUUUACUCUGGGUUUCCUUCAGGCAAGCAGUCAAUUUCUAGAUGAUAGACGUUCAAGAUAGUUGAUAGCAGCACCUGGUCGUAUUUGGAAGUAAAAUUCAAAUCCUGUCAAAGUCUCAAAUUAAUAAGGCUUUUUUCUCUGCGAUCUCUUUAAUUCCUGUUCACCUUUGUGGUUCACUAUUUUCGCUCUCAUUAUACAGAGGUCAAAAUAUCAUUCAGUCAAUUUAUUUGACUUUAUUAGACUUUUAUCUGUAGAUUCCUGGCCUGAAGACUACUGAACAUCUUGAUUCACUCUAAAUUCCUAAAUAUAUAUUUAGAUUAUCAACUUAAGCAACAUAAGCAAUAUGCAAAAACAUAUCCACCAAAGCCACAAUUAUCAUCCCCAUCAUGGAUUAUAUCACGGACAUCACUUUCAUCACAUCAUCAUCAUCAUUAUCAUCAUCAUCAUCAUCAUCAUUACCAAGCCAAUCUUAUCACAUCUUAGGCAAAGGAGACACCACUACAUUUACCCCUCGCCUAUCACAAUCGUUAACACGAAACGCUGGAACCAACAGUAUCCCCACCUCAACUUCCAUAGUCACUGGCAUGUAUGAAAUAACCACAGCUGUAGUGGUUGUUGCCACCAACAUUUCUAACUUUACCAUAGCCAUUUUUUAGCCAUCACCAUCUUUAUCUGCAUCAGCACUGCCACGACUACUAAAUGAAACCACUUCCUACACCAGCAUCUUCUACUAAUUAUUAACUAAUCAGCCCUUCCAACACUUGAUAUUAGUACCGAUAUCGUGAACUACCAGCACAAUAACCAUCCUCACAAACCGCUGGCUAUAGGUGCUCUCGUCACCAGGGUCAUCGCUAUCGCCAUCUUAAGUUUCAUAUCUUUCCACGUACACUGGAAUGCCUACCUGAGGCAUAAACGCUAAUCUAACUUCAUUACAGACACACCUUUUUCACUGCUUUCAGAGACACCAUCAACUCCGCAGGCAUCACAACCCUAAACACAAAACUGUGACCAUCACCACCAUAUUAAAUGUGCCAAGAGAACUAAAUACUCUUUGUAACUUCAACAGCAUCAUUUUCAUUGCUGCAAUAAACCAUACACCUACAUCACUGCAUGUGCUACUAAUACAACCUAUUAUUAUACAUUAGAUUUAUUGUGAAAAAUUUGAUUGGUCGAAAGCAUUCAGUCGUUAUACAAUAGCGUGUGAAAUUGCAAGAACGAGUUAUCCUAUCACAAAACUAAUUUCGUGUUCAAAGUCUUCCUAGUUUCCAAGCCCCUCGCCUGUGUAGUGUUUUCUUCUGCAGAUUGUUUGAAAAAUGUAUUGUAAAACAAUUAUUGAAUCCGGUUUUCGCAUGAUAUCAUGAAUUAUCAAACCUCGUAUGAGUGUUAUCAGUCUCAACCUUUGGCUUCGGCAGAUAACUCAGAUCUCGGCGUUGAUUAUUAAUCACAUCAUACUCCACCUCAUUCAAUAAUUGCUUAAUGGCAGAUGAAGUUGACAUGAUAACCCAAUAUCUGCAAUUCAAUUUUGAAUUCAAAGUCUGCCUAAUAUACAAGCGCCACGUGUCUGUGUUAUCUGCGUCAGCCUUCAGCCUCAGCAGAUAACUCAGACCUCAGUUUUGAUAAUUCGUGAUAUCACGCUCAACAACAUCCAACAUUUGCUUAUUAUCGUCAGCUUCAACAUUAUCAUUGCUGGCAUUUUAAAAUUCACUACCAUAUAACAGUUUCAAGGAGGAAAAGCACUAUCACCGCUACCAUUUCCAACAUCACCCGCGUCGUCUGCUCAAAAUAGCACCACAACCUUCUUGACCACGGUGAUGAUCGCCUUCCAUGUCAUCAUCACCAUCCCCACCCUUGUGCUUUUUGCAUCUUUAUAAUCACUUCAUGAUCGCAAUUGUUCUCAAUUUUUCUCAGGAACUUAUGCAGAGGACACGCUGAGGCACAUUGAACAGAUUGAAGAACAACAUAGAAGCCUCGACAAGAUCAUAACAUUACACCAGGGACUCUGCACAGUUGUUUUCAACACAGUGUCAUCCUACAGUGUCUGGUUUGUAGUGCACUGGGUCAGUUAUGGAGUAGGAGUUGUUCUGUCUGUAAUUUACAUAUCUAAAGAAAUACUCUUCAGAAGCAAGUAUGGCACUCCUAUAAUAAACCUGGUGUACCUUGGCUUAUUCUUUGUCUGCCAUAUCUAUUUAUUCCUUGUUCCAUGCAUCUUCGCUGCAAGAAUCACAAGCAAGUGCAGAGGUACGAUAAUUAUUUUAAAAUGCAUAAGAAUACUUUUGCACUUUCACUCUUAUUGUAAACCGCGCCGCCCUGCAGGGGAAAGUUUAUUAUAACAGAGAGCUUUUCGAUGGAGGGUCGUAAAACAAAAACGAAAGCAAUCAAAACGGUCGAGCAAAUAAAAAGGAAAAUAUCAUAAGUAGCCAAUAAGAACUCGGAGUGAAAACAAGCAAACUGCGGGAAAACACGGAGGACUAAAUCGAGAGAGUGGCGGAAGUCUUACAGACCAAUCAUAGCGCGAAGUAAAGAAAAACCAAUGAGAUCCCAGAUUUCUUUCGAUACCUAAUCGAAAAUUGCCUAAUGGGUGACACAUUCGACUCUACGAGUCAUAAAAUGUUUGAAAAAUGAAGAUGUGCAAGUAUGCUCAUUUUCAGGAAUUUUGAGGAAGUGAAAGCCACAAGACAACGAUCUAAACUAAUUAUUUGAAAUUUUCUUAACAGACAAGCAUUGUGAAUAAGAAUCUGAAAUGGUCAAAUUUUACUUUUGCAAUUGGUUGUUAGGAUGAAAUUAUGCUAACUAAGCUAUUAAAAAGGUUACAAUUUUUAGAUAAAGGAUUUUACGAAUUCUGUUUGUAAAAGCCUGUUUCAUAUUUCAAUAUUCACCCUACUUACACAAUCUAAAUGGCUCCAACGUUAGAUGUGUUCCGUAAUUUCGACUUAGUAAUUGACAGCAAAGAGAUUGCUUACCUUAACAGACUCUUCUUUUACAUUAAAGGAGUGUACGAGAAAAUCAACUCCACCACAUUUGCGAACUGGAACGUGGAUGGCCAUCCAUUCAGGGAUCGUCAAAACAUCGCUCUCUUCAUUUCAUACGCUAAGGACAGUGGCUGUGGAUUCAAAAUCGGUAGAAUCACCUUCAGCACCUCAUUGGCCUGGCUAUCCUUUUUCUUUGGACUGAUAGGUUUAUUGUUUCACUUUUUUUAA